AUGGUGAUGCUAAACAUGUAUGAUAAGGAGAAAAAAGUAACAAUUUAUGCAACAACCGAAAAAUUAAGUUAUAACCCUAAAUCGUUAAGUUGUCAAGAUAAAGUUAUUGAUGAAUCUGAUGAUGAAAAUGAGACAGACUCAGUUUAUCCAAGUCAAGAAAGCUAUCAUAGUCUUCGUAGUUUUGAUAACGAAUAUGAACUUCUAAGUUAUGGGGAAACUUAUGCAUAUAGUAAGAUGAAUCCAUUUAUGAAAGUGAAUUCUAAAUUCCCAAGUGUAAUUGCUUUUAUGGAGAUAAAAAGUGCAAGUGGAGAAUUCAUGCUUUUCUUACACAAGAUGGGGUUACUUUUGAAUAAAUUGCAAAGAUGUUCACAGACCGUUGUUGGUCCUCCAUUACAUAACAGUUGGAUAGAGAUUGAUAAAACACUGAUAGCUGGAAUACGUCCUGUAGUUUUCUCCUCAACCCACUGUAUAGUUGGAGAUGCAAUUAUCUUCUACAACCGACAAAAGAAAGCCUUUAUAAUUCAUGGGGUGAGGGUUGAUGAGUAUCAAUCAGCUAAAGGAGCACCAACUGACCCAUCAAUUAGAAAUUUAGAUGCUCUUGAUCUUGCGACAGUGGUGGAGAACCACGAUAUCUCAAAGAGACACCACCAGGGUGAUGUUGAACAAUACGUUUGGAAUUCUCAAGCAGGUGGGUCCUUCACGAGUACCCAUGGCAUUGAUGAAACCCGUGGAAGAAACACAAAAAUCACCCCCUUCCUAAAGGGAUACCAACUUGAGUAUCUUGAGGAGCACAGUUUUGAGGAAUUAAGUAAGAAGCGAUCUGAUUUCAUGAGUUACACAAUAUCCAUAUGGAUUGAGAAGAUGAUCAAGGAAGAGAUCUCUAACAGGGAGGAUAGGAUGGCUCAUUAUUUCCUACAUGUUGUCUCUCUAUUGUUCUCUUCAUUAGAACUUCAUACGAAGUCUGCUACUGAUAUUAGAAUUGGGGUGUUAGAGGAAAAGACUGUAGCAAUGCAAGCUUGUGGGUUAUUUGUUCUGAAUACAAAGAGUGUUUAUGUCCCACAUUUGGAAGCGUCUUGUGGAUAUCUGAUAUGGUCUACUGGUUAUUUCCAUGAAGAUACAUUAAGGGUUGUUGAUACAGCUUAUAAAAUGAGUGUGUGGGCUGCAAAGCAAAGAGAUGUGUGGGUUAAUGAACAUAGCGAUACAAAGAACACGAUUAAAAGAAUCAAAGAUGGGUUAAAGGUGAAAGAGACGGAUGAUGGACAGCAGCAGCAGGAGAAGUUUGAGGGAUUUGUUGUCUCUUUUCUCGAACCACUGAUCUUAUACUUACACAGUUGCUUGCAUUACAAUCUUACUACAAAAAACAAUUUCAAGAUCAAGACUAAGACAGAUAAUUGGAAAAUUCCCAAAACAUUAGUAAGUGUCACCAAACCAAACCUAAAUGACAAACACAAGUAA